CCAACAAAAUGAAGCAUAAAUAAUUGAAACUAGCAGAUGCAGAAAAAAAUUCCAACAAAUAACGUACCUAAACAGAUAGGUAAGUGGGAGAGGUCACCGAAAAUGCUAUGCCUACGCCAUACAUACAUUUAAUAUAUUAGUAACUAUACUAAAUUAGUUGCGUAUAUAAUUACAUAUCUACGAAAUAUCACGGAAAUCCCUGCAAGGUGAAUUCAUAUUAUUAGGGAACUAUCCAGUUCUAUAGAACCAAAUCAGUGGGAAACAUGUAUCUGCUAUUGUGGCUUUUUACGCUCAUUGCUAAGACACUCGGUGAGUCCUGCGUCCAUCCAACGGGACAAGUAGGCGAGUGCGUUCCAAUAAGAUCGUGCCCUUCGCUUUUGUGGUCGUUUACAAAUCCAAAAUUUGGAGUCUGGGAUGAGUUGCUAAAAUUUAAAUGUUCGGACAAUGACGAUGUCGAUGCGCCUCUGUUGGUUUGCUGUCGUACACAAGAUGAUAUGUUCGUGUUUGAGAAUGAAGAAGACAAUACAGAAGCCGGUCACUCAGAGGGUCCGCUCCGCUUGGCCAAUGUAGAAAGUUGUGGCACGGCAUCCGAAGAUGUUAAAAUCGAUGACGGUGUGGCGCGUCUGCAAGAUUUUCCGUGGCUCGUUAAACUGAUUGCUAUUGAAAAUUAUCUUGACGAACCAGAUAAGGUUAGCACAGUGGCCUGCACUGGAGUGCUCAUUAAUCGGAGAAACGUGAUUUAUUCUGCACAGUGCUUCUACGCACUUCUUUGGAAUGCCACUUUUAUGGUAAGAAUCGACAAUUACGUCGGGUCAGAUACGGACUGCGAUCAAAAAUCAUAUUCCCCAAGGUGCAGCGAUUUUCAGUUGUAUCGUGUUGAGGUGUAUGAUCUUCAUUUAUUUUACGACCCCCAAACUAAACUAAAUGAUAUCGCGAUGUUACGCUUACAUGCAAGAGUGCCUUUCUCAGAUCACAUGAAACCCAUUUGUCUUCCAUUAGCUACAAAUUUGAAUUUGGGUGAAACACUAUAUACCGUUGGUUGGAACAUAACUUUUAACAUUAGUGAUGUUUCCGUGAAACGGGCGUAUGUGUCUAAAUACAUUUCAAAUGAAGAAUGUGAGAAAACGCAGUCGGUUUCAGUUUAUGAGAUUUGCACCGAGGCCGAUGACAAGAAGCUUGAUGAAGAUCGCGCAAUUGGUUUACCACUAAUGGCAUUUCAAAACGAUCGAUGGUACUUAUAUGGAUUUGAGACACAAGGGAAAAGUACUAAAAUUCAUACACGUUUGCAAAAUUAUUGGCAAUGGAUGCAGGGAGUAACAGGCGGAGGUAAUUAUCCUAUAAACACAAAAACAUUAAUUAAGAUUUCAGAACGAUGUCGCACUCCUGAUAACGAAAUGGGAGAAAGCAUGCACCCGACGGAAUGUGACAGGCUAAUGGACGCCUUCGCUAACGCAUCGCCAAACGAAGAAGAUGCGUUAAAGAAAUUCGGUUUGACAUCUGAUUUCGACGAACCCGAUGAUCCGUUGAAGGUGUGCUGUGGACUUGAGCCCAAUUUUACAAUAUCUCUACCGGAAAGUGAAAAUGUAGAUCUUGAAAUAUCCAAUUUUGCAUAUUGCGGAUUGCAGCAUCGAGACGAUUAUGUAUUUGAUAGCGAUGAAGUAUCAGUCGAUGAGUUUCCCUGGUUGGCCGUCAUCUUAGAUGGAAAUUUACCUGACUUAGACGGUGCCGUUUGUGGUGGCAGUCUAAUAACGCACCGAUACGUUCUCAGUUCGGCACAAUGCAUGACUUAUUACAAACUACCCGAAACGUACGUCCCAAGAUUAAUCGUACGGCUCGGUCACUACAAAGCGGCCAAUAAAAGCAAUUGUGUUCAUUUUGAUCAGGACUUGUACGAUUGCAAUGAAGUACAGGAGUAUGUAGUAGAAGAAAAUAUAAUUCAUCCCUUCUACAGCGCCUUUGAUAACACUAACGAUAUCGCGCUCUUACGAUUGCAGAGAUCAGUAGAAUUUUCGGAUUACGUUCGCCCAAUCUGCCUACCUAGAUCUGAACAAGACGUCGCCCUCGAGGAAGAGACCCUAUUCAUUACCGGUUUUGGAAGGCGGGAAGAAGAACUUUUCAUUCAUGUGAAGAAGAAAAUUAGAGCUACCCUAAUUCCUAUUGAAUCUUGUAGAGAUAAGGUAAAAUACAAAAAUUAUAUACAACCCGUCACAGACUAUCAGAGGUGCACCGAAGAAUUCGAGAAUUCAACCGAUGUGGCUUGCGUGGGAGGCGAAGGUGGACCCGUGAUGUUUUCAAGAAAACUGCGUUGGUUCAUUGAAGGUAUAACUACAAACUAUCAAUGUGGCAGGCCUUACCCUACCAGCUAUCUAAGGGUAUACAAGUACUUAAGAUGGAUUAAGACACAUAUGAAACCGUAAUGACUGUGUAGAAAUAGUAUUAAUUUUGUACUGAUUUGUAAUAAUAAAAUUAAAUUA